CUCGGUUAAAAAUAGGCUUUUUGAGAAUAUCUAGAGCGAGAUACAGAGUUGCCAUUUUUAUUUUUAUUUUUUUGGUCAAAGAUAGAGGGAAGGAGUUAGAGAGAGCGAGUGUUUAUACUGUUGUGCGGGUUCAGUGGGUUGUGAACGAAGUGGAAGACAAAGCCGGCUCUUUUUUGUUUUUCAGAUUAUCUACGUACGACCCCUAAAAGCAUUUUAGUUUUCACUUUCUCUUUGUUAUCGUUUUUGGGUGUUUCUGAGAGAAGUUGGAUUCGUUGCCUUGUCGUUUCUGCAUCUCCCUGUUCGCUUAAACAAACACAAAGGCCCAGAAUUUUGGAUAGGCCUGCCAUGUUGUUGUUGUUCUUGUUCUUGUUGUGAUUACUUGGAUUGCAAAACCAAAGUUUUGAUCUUUUUUGGAUUGGAAGACUUCAAGUUUUGAUCUUUUUUUUUGGAUUGAAGAAAGAGAGGAGGUGAAUUUGAUUUUGGGUUAGAUGGGGUGUUUUCCGUGUUUUGAUUCCAAAGAGGAGGAGAAGCUGAAUCCGGAGAAAGAAAGCGAUGAUCGGAAGCAGGGUCAACCGACGGUGUCUUCUAACAUUACGAGAUUGCCUUCCGGAGUUGACAGACUAAGGUCAAGAAGCAAUGGGGGGUCAAGAAGGGUGGAUGUAGGGUCCAAAAUGCCUGAUCCCAAGGAUGUAGUACCUGGGGGUCAAAUUGCUGCCCAAACUUUCACUUUUCGUGAGCUUGUCGCUGCAACCAAAAAUUUUAGGCCAGAAUCUUUCAUAGGAGAAGGGGGUUUUGGGCGUGUCUACAAGGGGCGACUCGAGAGCACCGGUCAAAUUGUUGCUGUUAAGCAAUUGGAUAGGAAUGGACUUCAGGGUAAUAGAGAGUUUCUAGUUGAGGUACUCAUGCUAAGUCUUCUACAUCAUACUAACCUUGUGAACCUGAUUGGAUACUGUGCGGAUGGAGAUCAAAGGCUUCUUGUUUAUGAGUUUAUGCCCUUAGGAUCAUUGGAAGAUCACCUUCAUGAUGUUCCUCUGGAUAAAGAAGUAUUGGAUUGGAACACAAGAAUGAAAAUAGCUGCUGGUGCAGCCAAAGGAUUGGAAUACCUACAUGACAAGGCAAACCCUCCAGUUAUUUACAGGGACUUCAAAUCAUCCAACAUAUUACUGGAAGAAGGAUUUCACCCUAAGCUUUCAGAUUUUGGGCUCGCAAAGCUUGGUCCUACUGGAGACAAGUCACAUGUUUCUACCAGGGUUAUGGGUACUUAUGGUUAUUGUGCUCCAGAGUAUGCAAUGACUGGACAAUUGACAGUGAAGUCGGAUGUCUACAGUUUUGGGGUGGUGUUUCUGGAGCUGAUUACUGGCCGUAAAGCCAUUGAUAGCACUAGACCCCAUGGGGAACAGAACCUUGUCACUUGGGCACGCCCCUUGUUCAAUGAUCGCAGGAAGUUUUCAAAAUUGGCAGAUCCGAGGCUGCAGGGCCGGUAUCCAAUGAGGGGCCUCUACCAAGCUCUUGCUGUGGCAUCCAUGUGCAUUCAGGAACAAGCCGCCACACGUCCUCUGAUUGGGGAUGUGGUUACUGCUCUAUCUUAUCUAGCCAACCAGGCAUACGACCCUACCGCCGCAUCAGGGCAUGGCCAUAGAAGUUCUGGAGAAAAGGAUGAGAGACGAAGAGAUGAGAGAGGUGGAAGGAUAUUGAGGAAUGAGGAAGGAGGAGGAUCUGGACGCAAAUGGCCGGAUUUAGAUGGUGGGUCUGAGAAGGAUGAUUCCCCAAAGGAAACUGCAAGGAUGUUAAACCGGGAUUUGGAUAGAGAACGAGCUGUUGCUGAGGCCAAGAUGUGGGGUGAGAAUUGGCGAGAGAAGAGACGACAGAGUGCACAGGGCAGUUUUGAUGGUACUAAUUUGUAGUGCCAUUGAGUACAAUAUACCAUGCCUUGUCUACCUUGAUUCCUUUCCUCCCUCCUAAGAUGUGAGAAGCUGUCUUGUUGUUGUUGUUGUUGUUGUUUUCUUCUGGCUGCUCAGUGCAAGGGAGCUGGUGCAUGCCGACACAUGUUUUCUAAUUUAACCCUUUCCUUUUCUUUUGCCUUUGAUCCAAACAUGAAGAAGAAGAAGAAGAAGAAGAAGAAACCAUAAAAGGAAAGUGUAAUUAUCUUCUAGGAGAGUGAGAACAGAAGGACAGGACGUUUUGAAAAAUUUUGAGAGUAAACACGUCUGGAUAAUGCUGUAUUAUUCUUCUGUUGUCGACUCUCUUUGUAGUUUGUACCUGUAGUGUUCUUGGACCAAAAAAAGGAAAGAAAAAAAAUUUGUCUGCUCCAUGCCUCCGUCUCUGGUGAUUUUUUGUUUUCUCUUCUCUUUUUUUGACCAAAUUUUUAUCACGGUACCCUCUGUCUUGACUCUUGAGAAACCGAGGAUUAACCAUAUAACGUAUUAGAUUAAACAAAUAACAUAAUCAUCUACUUUUAUGUUCUAAUCUUAAGACUAAUCUUGGUGCCUGAAGUAAUCAAGUAGUAAUUACGUACCUUGCCACUUAGGAACCAUCAUCUGAACUAUCACGAAAUGCAUAUAAAUUUUCAGAGAAUCUAAUUGUAUCUGUAUUAUCAUUCUGUUAACUCUUUUAGUACUUCCGUUAAAGUAGAGACAAAAUCGUAAAAAAUCUUUUUUUACAAAAUUUUUAUUAAACUAACUUAAAAGAAAUUAAACUAGGGUGAUGAACGCUAUUUGCUCGGGAGGUCAGAGGGAGAGGCGUCGGGCUCAAGGUGGUGGCAUGGGCGGGAUUGGGUGAGGUUCCAGAUGACAUCUCUGGGUGUGUUCGCGUUGUGCAGGGAUGGGAAGUCCGGCGUGGGCUCUGAGAUUCGGGCGGUGGCGUGGGUCUGAGGGUUUUGAGCGGCGGCGAAGUUCUGUGGAACUGUGCGGCGGUGAUGGAUCUGGAGGAUCCGAGCAUCCAGGCGGCUUGAGAUUCUGAAGGAGUGCGCGGCGAGGUCAAGCGGUGGGCGCUUGUAUGCUGGGUCAGGCCGGAGCGGCUUGGUUACGUGUGGUCGGCGCGGCAAGAUCCGAGAGACAGAUGUGGGAGCGGACGGCGCUGCACGGAUGCGCGAGGAGAUGCAGUUUUGGGCCUACUCCAACUCCUAUUUGGGCCUUGGGGUUUGGGCUUUCUCCUUGAGCUUCCCCAGUGGGCCUUUCAGUUGGGCUAGGGGUUUGGGCCUUUAGCUUGUUAGUUUAGUCUAUUGAUUAAAAUAAUUCCCUACUUGGUUAGGGAGCUAUG